CGUAAACUAAAACAAGCAAUUUAAAUUGGGACGUAGGGAGUAUAUUCUUAGGCCUCUUUAUUUGAUAAUUAUUUUAUGUGUAAUCACUAAUUUGACCCCGAUAUUAUUUUUCACAUUUAAUUCAUUAAAGAUUGAUGAUGAAAUAUUUCUCAAAUAUGGCCAUGGCGGCUCUGGCCAACGGCCAGGUAGGGGGAGGCGUCGGCGGGAGGUCUCCGAUCACCGACGCGAAAUCCAACAAACAGGUCCAGGAACUGGCAAAGUUCUGCGUGGCGGAAUAUAACAAGGGACUCAAGGAGAAGAAGGCGGCGGCGGGGAACGGUGGCGGCCCGAUCACCUUCUCCGAGGUGGUGAAGGCCGAGAAGCAGGUGGUGGCCGGGAUGAAGUACUACCUCCGCAUCACCGCCAAGACGUCCGGCGGCGCCACCAAGACGUUUGACGCCGAGGUCUUUGUCAAGCCACGCGCCACCGAGAAGGAGCUGAUCACCUUUGCCCCCUCCAAACUGGCUUAAUUUUUCAAUUAGUACGUCGUGUUGCAUGCCCUCAUUAAUUAGUUAUUAGAUUAAUGGUUUUCUUUUCUUCUUUAAUUAAUUUUUGUGUUUAAU